AUGGAGAUGUGGUCGCGGACGGUCGUGCUCCUGCUGGUGACCACAACGGUGACCUGCACACCGCUCAUAAACGAGCUCGAACCCGGAAAAGAUUGGCCUCCGAGAAAUUCGGUAAAGCAACCUUCUGACUAUGAAAAAGAAACAUCAACUUUCGCCGAAAAGGAAGAAGUGCUACCGACCGGUAAUCCUAUAGAGGAGAUAGACGAACCAGAGGAAGUUGUUAUCGAUGCUUCCCAACCAAUUCUUAGAAAUGCUGAUUCUUGGGAGAGAAAGGUUGACUACUCAGGGGCGCAAGUCUGGAAGGUCUCUACAGAGAGAGUCAGUGUUCUAGGCGUUAUUACCAGAUUGCGACGACGAAACCUUAUUUCUACAUGGGGAGGAAACCAUUCAUCUAUUGAUAUACUGGUAAAGCCUAAUGCUAUAGCAAAUGUUACUCGUGUGUUUCAAAGGGAGAGAAUACCAAUUGAUGUCGUAAUAGAUGAUCUACAACAGAGAAUCAACGAUGAAAACCCUCCUCUGGAUGCCAACGAAAUAGAACUUCAAGAUCGACGAGGUCAUCGUAUGACAUGGAAGCAAUAUCACAGAAUAGAAGACAUUCACGGAUUCAUGGACUAUCUGGCCAAGACAUAUCCAAAAAUUGUUAGCGUAAAUUCCAUAGGGAAAUCCCACGAAGGAAGGGACUUAAAGGUGUUACGGAUAUCCGAUGGGAAACCAACAAACAAAGCGGUAUUUAUUGACGGUGGUAUCCAUGCCCGCGAAUGGAUCAGUCCAGCGACUGUAACCUACUUUAUAAAUCAAUUUGCAGAGAACUUUGAUGUUGAAACUGACGAUAUUAAAAACAUUGACUGGUACUUCUUGCCUGUGGUGAACCCUGACGGCUACGAAUAUACGCAUCAGACAGACCGACUGUGGAGGAAAAAUAAAAAACCCACUAGAUCUGCACGGGGAUGCGUGGGCACGGAUAUUAACAGAAACUUUGGGUACCGAUGGGGAGGAAGAGGAUCAUCUGCUAACCCAUGCAGCGAGAUUUACCGCGGCAGCACCCCCUUUUCCGAGCCCGAGUCAAAAGCUCUAUCGGAUUUCAUCAAAAACAGUGCAGCUAAUUUCACGGCCUAUAUAACAUAUCACAGCUAUGGUCAGUACCUGCUCUACCCAUGGGGCUAUGAAAAUGCUGUACCAGCUGAUCAUAAAGAUUUGCAUGAUCUUGGCAAUCGGAUGGCAGAGGCAAUAAAACAAACCCGUGGCUCAUCAUACCAAGUGGGUUCCUCCAGUGGACUUCUGUAUCCAGCCUCUGGAGGUUCAGAUGACUGGGCUAAAAGUCAGGGUAUAAAAUAUUCUUAUACCAUUGAAUUAAGUGACACCGGACGGUAUGGUUUCAUACUACCCACAUCUUUCAUCGAGCCAGUAGCCAGAGAAUCGUUAAAUGGACUGCGAGUACUAGCUUCUCAAGUGGCUAAAGCAUAA